ACUCAUUUAUUUAUUCUUUCUUUAUCUUCCUCUCUUUUUCUUUCCUCGUAAGAAACAGAAAGGAAAAAAAAGCUCAAAAGCAUAUAAAGAAAGAGUCUUUUUUUGUUCUCUCUGGAAGAAAGUAGAGAAUGGAAGAGCCUGAAAGACUUACUUCAUGCAACGGUGGAAGAAGGAAAAUUAGCUCCGACUCUAUCCAUUCACCCGAAUUUGAGUUUUGGAUGGUCCGAAACCCAUCAAACCCUCAGCCCAAUCAGCUCUCUGCCGAUGAGCUCUUCUCCGAUGGCGUCCUUCUCCCUUUAGACCUUCUUCAAAAUGACCCAAAUGCUUUUUCGAAUAAAGCUGAGCCUGAACCGUCCGGGUCGGGCCGACGCGAAACUGAAUCUGGGGUCGAGCCUUCUGCUGCUAUAGUCAACUCGUCGGCAGGUGGAGGUUCUUUCACGUCGUCGAAGCGUUGGAAAGAUAUUUUCAAGAAAACAGAGAAGAAAGAGUCAGGGGGGAGUAGUAAUGAGAAUUGUAGAGAGAAGAAAAAGGAGAAGGAGAAGGAGAAGAGGAAAGAGAAGAAACUUGUUGGGGGAAGCAAUGGGGUGAGUGGGGCUGAGCUGAAUAUUAAUAUUUGGCCAUUUUCGAGGAGUAGAUCCGCCGGAAACGGAGGAAGUAGGCCUCGGGUUACGGGUGGAUCCGGAUUAGCGACCCGAAAGGUAAGUAGUGCUCCGUGUUCCCGGAGCAACUCCGCCGGUGAAUCCAAGUCACGGAAAUGGCCCAGUAGUCCCAGCCGUGGUGGGGUUCAUUUGGGCCGGAGCAGCCCAGUUUGGCAGGUACGACGGAACGUAAACCCAGGAUCCGGAAGCCGGAGCUCCGAUAACCUCGUGAAAACUACUGAAAAAGCACUCAAAAAAGAAGACCCCCAGAAAGAAAGCAGCACCAAAAAGGUAGUUAAAAAAGGCGGCGUUGAAGUUCGCCGGAAACUGUCGUCAACAGCGGCCGGCGGUGGACCUAAAACUAGAGUCUUAAACUUGAAUGUUCCUAUGUGCAUUGGCUACAGGAAUCAGUUAGGUUGCAGAAGUGAUGAAAAUAGUGCCAUUAAUAUUGCCGCCGCCGCCACCGCCACCGAAGUUGGUGGUGAUCAGAGUGGUAGCAGCACGGUGACCGGUGAAGGAGUACGCGGCAGUAACUUAUUUAAUAUCAAAAGCCUAUUUACAAAGAAAGUCUAUUAAUUUAGUAGUGGCAAAUCCAAAGUAAUUACACACAUUUUGAAUAUGUUAGUGUAUCUAUCGUUAUCCUUCUCUAUAUUCUCCUAUGUAACUUUUUCAUUAUUCUCAGAAACUUUUUGGUAAUGUAAAGUCCUAACUUUUGACGUUUGCAACUCUGCAUUUGUGUAGUAUUUGGACCUCAGUUUGGUCAACUUACUGCACUCUUGCUAUUGAAGUUGAAGUGCUUGUAUAAUUUUGCCUACUUAGUAGUAUUUAUUUGUUCUGUUAAACUCUAUAUUGUCAAUUUUUUGACAGUUCAAUUGUGUUAAUUUACUAUGUUACAUUAAUUCUUCAUCCUUA